AUGAUUGAACAACAAGCAUUAGCUGAACAAACGGUCGAUUCUCCAGAUAGUGGGGCGCAUGCGGUAAUUGCCACUGCCGGUGGCAUGGAGACGCAGGUCGUUCGAAUGAGGCUCGUGUCACGCGCGUUGGUCGAAAGACGACGUAUCGUCAAACAAGAAGAGGCUGAUGGCCCUCUUUCCGUUAUUGUGCAACCUCAAGAAGAAUCCAGGGACUCAGAAUUACUUAGUCCUGGAAAACUUAGUCCUGGCACCGUAACAGUGGCUAAUAUGAUAGACAACAAUGAUUACCGCACCUUGAAUCCUGAGCCAACUUACCAGACGUUAACCUCUGUGAACGGCAGAAUGUCGCCUCCAGGAUAUAGUCCCAGUUCUUCUUAUGCAACUUUGACACCACUUCAACCUUUACCGCCCAUAUCAACGAUGUCAGACAAGUUUGCAUACGGACAUGCUAGUAAUGUAACUGGUUCAUUUACAGUCAUGCAAAACAAUAGUAUCAGUGGUAUCAAUUUGGGCUUAGGGGUAAAUACUAACACAAAUUAUACGAUGACCAAUAUGGGAAUGACUCCACCGCACAACUACUCAUCGCCUGGAAUGGGAAUGCAGCAGCAACCUAGCCCAAUAAGUCCGCAAAGUUCGUAUAGCCAAAACGGUUUAUCUUCUCCACAGAAAAGCAUGUCUCCUCCGAGUUAUGAUUCUCCUUAUGGUACUCAAAGAGACAUUGUAGCUCGGUUACAUAGUCCUCAACUCAGUCCGCCUUCCGCGUCGCUCAGUUCGCCUGAUGGUACUCUAGUCACUAGUUUUAGUUCAGCUAAUUUAAAUGGACUCAGUUUACAAAAUCAUCCUCCUACAUUAGUGCAAAUCACACCUCAACCUAGAGACUGUUCUCCAUCACCACCAGUGGUAACUUUACAGGCAGGCCCUGUGUCGCAGCAACAACAAACGAUGCUCUCGUCUAAAAACACCAGUCCUGGAUCCCUAAGUGUUCCAGCUAUAGCGGCAGACGUUGAGGAAAUCAACACCAAAGAACUAGCUCAGAGGAUUAGUGCAGAACUGAAACGAUAUAGCAUUCCGCAAGCAAUUUUUGCCCAGAGGGUGUUGUGUCGGUCACAAGGGACACUUUCUGACUUGCUGAGAAAUCCAAAACCUUGGUCCAAGCUGAAAUCUGGUAGAGAAACAUUCAGGAGGAUGUGGAAAUGGCUGCAAGAACCGGAAUUUCAAAGAAUGUCUGCAUUAAGGCUAGCAGGUUAG